AGUAAACGCACUUUUUCUAAAGGAGGCGCGACCCGCCUGUCAUACUAUGAAACCUGUUUUCCGUGGCUGUGUCUGUUGAACUCAAGGAAAAUAAUUAUACUAAAUCCCGUCUAGAUGACACGCCCGACGGAGUGUGCAAGGCUCCUACGUGGAGGAAUUUCCUUUACUCUGCUUAUUUUGGGAAACAUGCUUUUGGCGACGGACAUUUCUGGUUCUGAAAAUGAGCCAAGCCAGAAUUUCCAAUGUGUCAACGACUAUGAGAAUUUGAUGUCCUGCGAGUUAACACAAAAAGCCGAUCAAGACUGUAAUGAAUACAAUUUGACUCUCGUAGACGAAAUGAACAGAACGAAACAUUGUACUUUCAAGCCCAGUGAGCAUAUCAGCGGUAAGUGUAGCUGCUCCAUCAAAAUGUCUUUUACUCUUGGGCAACAAUACACAGCAACCCUCCGGACUGCUGAGAAACCGCCAAGGAAUGGAACCAUCAAUAUCACAGACACCAUUAAACCCAAAGCUCCAACAAUCACCUCGGUGAAAAAGACACAAAAUGGUAAUUUUCAAGUCAUGUGGAAGAAAAAUUACAAUUCAGCCAUUGAUAAAUUCUUGACUGCAGUGGUCACUUACCGAAAGAAAGGAGAAACACGCGAGGAGUCAAAACCUACUGACUUGUCAUCCUAUGAAAUCCUUGAGAGAGACCUGGAGCCAAACACAGAAUAUGUGGUCAGUGUUAGAAGCUGCUUAAUAUUUGGUAAACAGCACAGUGACAGAAGCCAAGAAUAUGAAUUCAAAACCCCUGCUUCUUUUCAAAGCCUACUGAUGAAUAUCAUUAUUGGCCUUAGCGUUACCGCCGUCUUCAUCACCAGUGUUGUGUUUGUCUGUGGGGUUAGGCUCAAAGCAAAGUGGUGGGACAUUGUUGUCAAACACCCAAACAAAACUCUUAUAUAUGUGACUCCAGGUGAACAAAAGCUCUUACAGCCUUCGCAAACAGUCAUCUCCCCCAUCUAUGUUGAUCUCCCUAAAGAGGAUCCAAAUGAAGGCAAAGCAUGGUCAAAGUAUUGUCCAACAGACACUAGUAGUGGGAGUCAUCAGCAAAGCAAUGAAGUUCAUACUGAUUCGUCCUCUCUGGGUUAUGCUGACACGCUGUCUGUUGACAUCAUUGCCAACGUUCAAGAUGCCCUCCGCAAAGCCCUCCCCCAACUCCUGCUGAUAUCAUCACCCAACAAAAGUUCUGUGGAAGAAUCAAACAGAAUUAGUGGUCUGACUGACUGCAAUCCUUGUUACUUGAGAGAUGACAACUCAGAGGGCUCUCCUGGAUUGUUCAGCUAUGACAACAGGAGUUAUUCCAUUCUCAUUCCCAGUUGUCGGAACCAAAUUAUGAGUGGAAACUUGGAGACGCCGUCAUCAACCGGAGUGACUUGUGACCCCGCUUACCAUCCUGGUGAGGGUAUAAGUCUGAGAAACACCUGUCCAGAUCCACAGGUGCAGGUUUGUCGUGUUACAGGUCAGCAAGACCUUGAUUUAACACUUGUCGGUGUUUCAUCUAAUAUGCAAACAGACUUUUCUUACCAUGCAUGUGAUGCAGAUUCUGAGAACUUGUCAUCUAGCUUGUCUGUGUCUUCUGAUCAUGAUCCACAUGUAGAAAAUGUCAAUGAGGAAGUCGGAGACACUACAGCCGCAUCAACUCAGAAGACCUUAGAUAUGUACACUAAACAGACAAUAUCUGAUACAAACCCCUGCUACGGCACUCUGCCUAUCACGUUAUGCAGCUUACCCCCACCUGACGAUGACUAUCAAGCUUUUCAGAGUCUAGUGAAACAGCCAGACAUGUUGGCACCAAUGCAGAGCGGUAGUAAAUGGGGAGAACAGGGGGAAAAAUACCCAAAGGAAUUCUUCAAUCAGAUCCCUCAAAACUUCUUGGUGCCAGUCCUUAAAAAAAUUAUUUACAAUUCCCAGGGUGGAAAAUGUGCUCCUGAUUUUAACAGACCCUUUCUCUCAGGUGUAUCCACUGACCAGGUUGAAACGAUAGUCACUGACAGUGGCUAUCAAUGUGCAUAAAUUUUUUCUACAUUAGUUUGGCCUUUUGUGAUUGUUUUCUGCAGGAGAUGUGCACAUUAGAGUGUUUCCCACUGGUUGGUACUUGUCUGUUGGCAGAGAAAAGACACUAGCUGACAAAGAUAAGCCCUUAAAACAAUGUGACUCUUGUGCUUCUCUUGUGCUCCUCUUGUGCUUAUUUUAGCAUUCUCCUACAAACACCAGAUAGAAUUGGGCCCUAUGGAGAAUCAGGAUAAAAUUGUGUUUUUGAAUGAUAUAAAACAUGAGUACAGGUGUGGUCGGGUAGUUAGCAGGGACUUUUUUUUUUUAAUUGCUCAUGUCAUACGAGGAUAUGGGUACAAAUAAGUUCAUAAUGCAUAUUUUUUGCAAUUUUUAAAAAUGUUUACAAGAAAUGGGUUUUUGCAGUAUUCACUGUGGGAUGUUUAUCAUCACUCUGAUUAACCUGUUAAUGCAAACGGUAUGAUUCAUGAACCCUCAAACAACCCAUUAGCUUCAAUGGUUGUAAAUACACAUUCAGUAGUAAAUGUGGUGGGUGUCCGGGUAGCGUAGCGGUCUAUUCCAUUGCCUACCAACAUGGGGAUCACCAGUUCGAGUCCCCGUGUUACCUCCGACUUGGUCGGGCGUCCCUACAGACACAAUUGGCCGUGUCUGCGGGUGGGAAGCCGCAUGUGGGUAUGUGUCCUGGUCGCUGCACUAGCACCUCCUCUGGUUGGUCAGGGCGCCUGUUCAGGGGGGAGGGGGAACUGGAGAGAAUAGCGUGAUCCUCCCAUGCACUAUGUCUCCCUGACGAAACUCCUCACUGUCAGGUGAAAAGAAGCAGCUGGCGAUUCCACAUGUAUUGGAGGAGACGUGGUAGUCUGCAGCCCUCCCCGGAUCAGCAGAGGGGGUGGAGCAGCGACCGGGACAGCUCAGAAGGGUGAAGUAAUUGGCCAGAUACAAUUGGGGAGAAAAAGGGGGGAAGAAAUCCAAAAAAAAAAAAGUGAAUGUGGUUUUCUCACAGUAAAAUUUUUUAGUAAUAUUUAGUGAGGAAAAUAAUUUCACUUCAAAUUAUUUCCAGACCAACAACUCAGCAUUGUUACACUUGGGUGUUACCAAUGAGGGGUGGGUUGUUGGCCUGUUGUCUCUGUUGCUCUCCCUGAGGUUUCUUCCUGUUUUUUCUCCCUGUUGAAAGGCUUUUUUUUUUUCAGGGAGUUGUCCCUUAUCCAGUGCGAGGGUCUAAGGACAGGAUGUUGUGUUGCUGUAAAGCCCCUUGAGGCAAAUUUGUAGUUUGUGAUAUUGGGCUGUAUAAAUAAAAUGGACUUGUUCAACCUACCCCAAAACAUUUAGUGGCCCAAAAAGUCUACGUAAAGUGUAUUCAAUGAAACCAAGCUGCAGUUGAUGUUGUUAAGCCUGAAGUAUCCAUUAUUUGAUGAUGCUUCCACUAAAUUACAAGUUUUAGUAUAAGAAAAUAACAGUAUAUUUAUAGCCAUCAUAGCACAAAGCCUGCUUUGCAUAAGGUAUCCUAUGCUUGGAAUAAAAAGGUCAACUUUUUGAGGAAAAAGACCCUCCCCUUUUAGUAGGUGGGCUACUGCUCUGAAAUACAAUAAACCAUAUAAGCUGGUUGGCCUCAUUGACAUUCAUAUGAUGGUUGGCCUUUCUGCCCAUGGGAGAGCACAGACGGUUGUUCGGGGUGAUUGGAGUCCUCCUGUAAUGGUAAAACCCACAAUGUGGCUCAUUUGGUUCAUCAUAUUUACUGCCUUAAUUGUUACUUGGCUGUUUUUUUUGGGGUGGGGGGUGGGGGGUAACCAUAGUUUGUCACUUUUUUCAGUUAUCAAGUCAAGUCAGUUUUAUUUGUAUAGCACAUUAUCACAAAUUACAGGUUAUAUUGCUUUACAGCAAUAUAACUCUCUGCCCUUAGACCCUUCCAUUAUCACUGCUUAGCACUUAAUGAAUACCCUUUUCUUUUCAGUUUGCCAUGUUGCAUACAUUUCUGGAUUAUUAUGACUGCUGCUGGCAUGUCUGUGAAAAAGAAAAAAACAGAAGGUUUAAAACAAAAGUUUGUACUUUGUUUUAAGAUAUAGCAGUAAAAAUAAUUGUUCAGAAAUGUACUUGGUUUUGUAGUUGAAUAUUGUAAAAGUACAAAAUGCUUGACUUUAAUAUGCUCCAGUGCAGCUAUUCCACAUAUCUAUUAUUAAACAACUAUUCAGCUGU